GGUAAAAUGAAUGUUAGAGCAAGAAGAUGAGGGGAUUUGGACCUGUACGUGAGCUGCUGAAACGGUGUAUUUAACUUAUACAUCGGCGGAUGGGCCCGACAAACCAAUUUUCAUGAAAUUUCGUAAUGAAAUAGAUAAGGUUGAAUGCCAAGAGAAACAGCUAUUCAGGCAAAUUGACCAUACCCGAAGAGGCUAUUCUAAUCAAUCCACAAAAAAUAACUAGUUGUGUCAUGUUUUCAUGUAUUUUGUUUAUUAUAAGUUCACUCUCGUCUCUCGCAUUCCCUCUCUCUCUCUCAGCAGUGCACAGCAGACGCAGCGGCGGCGUCUCCCUCGCACCGGCGUCCCAGCCUCUCUCUCCCUCACGUCUCUCUCUCCCUCAAAACUCGGAUCGAAGUCCAACCAAGGGCCCAGAAAGCACCGGAAUCACCGGCGGUGACGACGACUCGGCUCUCCCUCUCUCAUAGCUUUCUCUCUCGUAUCGCAACCCAGAGCCCAGAAAGCCCCGGCGGCGACAAGUCGGCAAGGCGAAGGCGUCUCCCUCUUUCACACCCUCCCUCUCGUCCCUGGCUCUCUCUCCCUCACGUCUCUCUCUCCCUCACAGCUGCCAAGGCGGCAAGGCGCGCUCGUCUCUCCUCUCUCAGGUCUGUGGCGGACAGCGGUGAGGUGCUCCUGUUCUCUGCCGGAAAGGUCCUUGUCUGAUAAGUUGAGAGCGACCAAGACCCAAAAAGGCUACUAAAAUUGUAGGCUGAACAUCUUGGUUCUUCCGCAUUCACCCAACUUCUUCCCUCAUUAUUGGGUGAUUGUGGCUAAUGAAAGAGGGUGUUCCAGCAUUGCAUUUGCAUCACAAGGUAGCUCUUCUCUUGGAAUCAUCAUGCAAAACCCAAUCCCACAUUUCUCAAAUUCACGCCUUUAUGCUCAAAACCGCACUCAUCAACCUUCCCUUCCCGCUCAGCAAGCUCCUCGCAGCAUCAAUCUCACACAUCCACUACGCUGCCUCCAUUUUCAAUUCUGCUCCAAACCCCAAUCUUUUCAUGUUCAACACUAUGCUAAGAGGAUAUUCUAUCAGCAACGCCCCUGCCAAGGCCUUGCCCCUUUUCAACCAACUUAGGAACCGCCCAAUUCUCAUUGACCGCUUCUCUUUCAUCACUGUCAUCAAGGCUUGUGCUAGGCUUUCCAACCUUGUCUUUGGGCGGGGCCUUCAUGGCCUUGCACUCAGGUCUGGAACUCUGCUUUUUCUUGAUUUCAGGAAUACCCUUUUGCAUUUCUACUGCGUUUCCAGGAGACUUGGAGAUGCUCACAACCUGUUUGAUGAAUUUCCCCAACGAAAUGACUUGGUCUCAUGGAACACUUUGAUGGCUGGCCACCUUCUUGCUUCUCAGCCUGAGCUGACCUUUCAUUUGUUUCGGAAGAUGCGUUGUUGCGGGGUUGAAGCGAGUGUUGCAACUGCAUUGAGUCUUUUGUCGGCAGCUGCUGAUAUGCAGAGUUUUCUUGGAGGCAAGUGUCUUCAUGGUUACUAUAUCCGACUUGGACUUAGUUCUAAUUUGAAUGUUCUUACUGCAUUGAUUGAUCUCUAUGCAAGAAUGGGUCGUAUCUUUUUGGCACAUCGAAUUUUUGAUGGUGUUGCUCAAAAGGAUGUUAUCCUGUGGAACUGCUUGAUUGGCAAGUAUGCAAGAAGUGGGCUGCUUGGAAAAGCAGUAAAAUUGCUGCAGCAAAUGAGUCUUGAAGGUUUUAAACCUAAUUCUUCUACUUUAGUUGGGUUGCUUUCGGGUUGCCCUGCUUCCGGAUCUAUGCAAGUAGUACGAUACGUUACCAGUUUUAUGGUAGAGGAGAAACUAGAGGUGGAUGCAGUUCUUGGAACAGCACUUGUUAAUGCAUAUGCCAAAUGUGGCUUUCUAGACGAAGCUACGGACAUAUUUGAGAGGAUGAAGGGUAAAGAUAUGAAAACAUGGACAACCAUGAUUUCAGGUCAUGGAAUUCAUGGCCAGCCGACUAAUGCUAUUAAGCUUUUCAACAGGAUGGAGAAUGAAGGGUUUAGACCAAAUGAGGUUACAUUCUUGGCAGUUCUCAGUGCUUGUAGCCAUGGAGGGCUUGUAAUUGAGGGGAUGGAAAUUUUUAAGAGCAUGGUUUGCAAAUAUGGCUUUUCACCACAAGUUGAACAUUAUGGAUCUCUCAUUGAUCUUCUAGGUCGAGCAGGGAUGCUACAUGAAGCGCACAAACUAAUUGAAAGCUUGCCUAUUAAGGGUGAUGCAACUGCAUGGCGUACAUUGCUUUCUGCUUGCCGAGUCUAUGGUGAUGUUAAAUUGGGGGAAUGUGUGAAAGACGUGCUUAGCAGCAUUUAUACAGAGCAUCCUACAGAUUCACUCCUGAUUUCUGGCAUUUACGUUACUUCUGGAAGAAUCUCAGAUCUAAUAAGAUUGCAAGAAUUGAAGCAAACUAAUGCUGUUACAGUUGAAACUGAUGGAGGAAAUAUGUUAAAGGAAGCUGGAGUCAGUAUAGUUGAAAUUGAUAAUCAGGGAUGAGGAUAUUGAUGGUUCAAGUAAAAUCAUUGGCUCUAACUCUAUCACGCAUUAGUGGUGGUCUCAAUACCUCGGGACAUGAUACAGUUUUGAUGUCAACACUCAAUUGCGCAAUAUGGCAUCUCUGCUUGUAUGGCAUGAUUCAUGUCCACCAAAUUAGAUAAUAUUGUAAUUUGCUCCUAGAGCACCAUACCGUCAAUAAACCCAACAAGGGUAAAGCAAGAAGAGGAUGUAAUAGCAGGGAUUCUUAUAUGGUCUUCUUAUUAUUAUUAAAUCUCAAAAAUACAUAAUAAUGCAAACUUGCACAGCUUCACUGGGAACAUCAUCUUCCAGUGGUAUUGCUUCAUCUGAUGAAGCCUCUGAGAGGAUCAAAUCAGGCUUCAUUCACUUCAAGAAAGAGAAAUGACGAAAACCUUGCUUUGUAUGUAAACUUGCCAAAGGACAAUCCCCCAAGAUACUUUUCUUUCUUUUUCUAAUAAUUUCAACUUUUUUUCUUUUAAUUAAUUUUUUUUCUAUUUUUGAUUUUUUGCUAAUGUCUGAUUUUGAUUUUUGAAUUUUAUUGUUUUUUUAAAGACAAGCUGAGGCGGAUGCUGAGAGGAUUGGUGUUGGUGUUACCAGCAAGGCACAGAGCAUCUUUGAUGCUUUGUCCAAAACGAUUUUCAAUCCUUCCUAUGUUGUUUUUCCUGCAUGACAUGAUUUUUAGGUGGAAACUGUGUUAGUUGAAUGCUCAAACUUUGCUACAUACUGAUGUAGUCUCGUAGAUGCGAGAAUUAUGCUUCAUGUGGUUUUGGCCAUGGCCCUAUGCCGAGUUGAUACUUUGUUGCUAGUUGGUUCUUCCACACUUUAAUGGGGCAGCACGUGUUUAUAGGCAAUACAUUAGACCUUUCUAUAUGAACCCACAACUUUCACACCUGCCGCAGAUGCCACGAACUUCUCACAUGUGGUAUGUUCAAAGAAAGAACAUAUUCAGCAAGCAACACGAUGUUUUGACUGUGGCUGAGAGAUACAUGGAAGAGCAUGGACAGAAGCCUUUGAAAGACUCAUAAGCAGGGUAACAAAUAUUUGCUAUGUUGUGCACACUACAUGAUUCACAACUUUCUCACCCUUUAGCUUAGAUUUAGCACUAUCUCUGUCAAAACUCAGACUUCACAGGGAGGAAGACGCUUACAGUGAUAAAAUAAUGUACUAUAUGUGUAAUAUUGCAUAUGGAGGUUGAUUGUCAAAUUCAGUUUUGGUUAUUCAAGCAUUUUGGAACAAUAGGCCACUAGAAAUUAUUGUAGUUAACGUAUCAUGUGCUAGAAUACUUGGCUUAGUUGGCUAACUUGAUUGUUUAUUUGAUUAUUAAAUAUAUUCUAAUUUUAGUUUCAUUUCAA